AGGGCUGGCAGCUGCUGUAUCAGCCUGGGGCUCGGUUGAGGGAACCCUGGGGCACCUCGGCCUGGGGCGGGAGGGCCGGCGGGCUCGGCUUCCCUGCCCCCUCCCCCCUUCCUGGGGCCGGCGCGAACCCCCGCGCGCCCGCCCCCUCGCGCGCCCUCUGCGCAGCGCCGGGGUGUCCCCGCGCGCGCGGGCCAGGCCGCGAGACUGGGGAGCCCGGGGAGGGAGGGAGAGAGAGGGCGAGCGGGAGAGAGAGUGAGCUCCUGCAUUCGAACCUCCCUCGCAAAGGCUCUCUCCGCCCCACAAUGCACCGCGGCGGGCAGCCUUUGAAAAAGCGGCGCGGCUCAUUCAAGAUGGCGGAGCUCGACCAGUUGCCUGACGAGAGUUCUUCAGCAAAAGCACUUGUUAGUUUAAAAGAGGGAAGCUUAUCCAAUACAUGGAAUGAAAAAUACAGUUCCUUACAGAAGACUCCGGUUUGGAAAGGCAAGAACACAGCUUCUUCAGUAGAAAUGCCCUUCAGAAAUUCAAAACGAAGCCGUCUUUUUUGUGAAGAUGAUGACAGACAAUUAAGUACAAGAUCCCCCAAAAGAAAUCAGAGAGUUGCAAUGGUUCCACAGAAAUUUACAGCAACAAUGUCAACACCAGACAAGAAAGCUUCACAGAAGAUUGGCUUCCGGCUACGCAACCUUCUCAAACUUCCUAAGGCACACAAGUGGUGUAUAUAUGAGUGGUUCUAUUCCAAUAUAGAUAAACCAUUAUUUGAAGGAGAUAAUGACUUUUGUGUCUGUCUAAAAGAGUCUUUUCCUAAUCUAAAGACCCGAAAGUUAACAAGAGUGGAAUGGGGGAAAAUUAGACGGCUGAUGGGAAAACCACGGAGGUGUUCUUCAGCAUUUUUUGAAGAAGAAAGAGCAGCAUUAAAACAGAAACGGCAAAAAAUUCGGCUCCUACAACAAAGGAAGGUUGCAGAUGUUUCCCAAUUCAAAGAUCUUCCAGAUGAGAUUCCUCUUCCUUUGGUCAUUGGGACGAAGGUUACAGCACGAUUGCGUGGUGUUCAUGAUGGCCUCUUUACUGGGCAGAUAGAUGCUGUAGACACACUUAAUGCCACUUAUAGAGUUACGUUUGAUAGAGCAGGACUUGGAACCCAUACUGUCCCUGAUUAUGAAGUUCUGAGCAAUGAGCCUCAUGAAACAAUGCCAAUUGCUGCCUUUGGACAAAAACAGCGGCCGUCUCGAUUUUUCAUGACUCCACCACGGUUACAUUAUACUCCUCCUCUCCAGUCACCAAUUACAGAUAAUGAUCCUUUAUUAGGACAGUCACCAUGGAGAAGCAAACUUCCAGGUUCAGAUACAGAAACAUUAGGUGGUUUUCCAGUGGAAUUCCUUAUCCAAGUAACUAGAUUAUCAAAAAUUCUUAUGAUUAAAAAGGAGCACAUCAAGAAAUUAAGAGAAAUGAACACAGAGGCAGAAAAAUUGAAGUCCUAUUCUAUGCCCAUCAGCAUUGAAUUUCAGAGGAGAUAUGCAACUAUUGUUCUAGAUCUUGAACAGCUGAACAAGGAUCUAAACAAAGUUUUACAUAAAGUUCAGCAGUACUGUUAUGAGCUUGCUCCAGACCAAGGACUCCAGCCUGCAGACCAACCAACAGAUAUGAGACGCAGAUGUGAAGAAGAAGCGCAAGAAAUUGUUAGACAUGCAAAUGCAUCUACUGGACAACCCUGUGUUGAAAAUGAAAAUCUUACUGAAUUAAUCUCUAGACUUACAGCAAUAUUAUUACAGAUUAAGUGUCUAGCAGAAGGAGGUGACCUGAAUUCCUUUGAAUUCAAAUCACUUACUGAUUCACUUAAUGACAUCAAGAGUUCAAUAGAUGCUUCUAAUAUCAGACUCAGCCCGGAGUGACACAAACUAAGAUUACAAUGGAAAAGCCAGAGGCAAGGAGGUGGCCAGGGCACCAAAUGGUUACAGCCUGGACUAGGGCUGUAAUUGUGAAUAGAGAGAGGAGGGACUAAAUCCAGAAAACAGCAAGAUUUGCAGAUAGUCCAGGAGGAGUGAUAUACAAAGAGGACAGACACCAAGACUUUGAGGGACGGUAAGAUUGAAUGCUAGUGAUGGCAAUGGAGAAGUUAAAAUCAAUAAUAAUAAUAGCUGAUACUUAUAAUAGCAUGUUAAGUUUACACACCACUUUACAUAUGUGAUCUUAUUUGACCCUCACAACAUCCCUGUGAGGUAGGCACUCUAAAUAUUAUUACCCUUAUUGUGACUUGCUCACCAUAAUCAUGUGCUCAUAUAACUCAUUUAUCAGAGGCAGGAUUUGAAACUAGACUUCCCCGUCUUCCAUGCUAGGUUUAACUAGCACUACAAGAGAAACAAGGCUUAUUUGGGGGAGAAGUCAAUGAACUCCAAAGAUCCAAUUGGAAAUAUUGUGUAAACAGUUAAAAGCAUAGAUUUGGCAAGAAGAAGAAAGGAUAUGCCUUGGGUUACAUAAGUUUGGUUCGUAAAGGCUGAGUAAAUGAACUCCCAAAGUAUAGAAAAAACAUGAAGACUUGACUAAAAGUUAAUAGUUGAGAAGAAGGCCCAAUAAAGAAAAGGAAUGAGACUGGGAACUAAGAGCAUUAGUUCAAAUUAAGAAAGAUGAACACAGUGGUCUUAACAGUAGGCUAGAAAGAGUAGAUGAAACUUUUGAUAGGUCUCUUGAUCCAUGCUUGGAGUCCAUUGUACCUGUCCAAGAUCAUAAGCCAAGAUUUUCCUUUAAUCUUGAUCAAGAAUUGCUGAAUGUAGAUAAGACACGUUCUUCCCACAAGUCUAGUUUUGAACCAGUGUCUUCAGAUAUAGGUGAAAAGGUUUCAAAAUUCUGUCCUUGGCUAUGGGGGCCAGAGAGCCCAACUCCACCCCUGUUUGGAUCAGGCAAGCAGUUCACAUCUACCUCAAGAGGCAGCAGGGGAACCAAAUGUUCCCCUUCAGUUCCAAGAGGAGAAUGAUUGAGGAAAAGCUCUGGUCCUGCUGAGGGAUUAUAGGACUUUCCUCUCUGCCGACGGGAUUUGGCGCGUCUGUUCUGGAACCAGACCUAGGAGAACAUAAGGAAAAUUUGCAUUUGAUAAAAAGUUUUUACUACCACUACAGAAUGGUCAUAAUUUAAUAAAUAAAUAAAUUCAAUUCAAAGCCCUAUAUUUUAAUAGCAAAAAUUGGGUAUCUGUCAGCUGAUUUUGAAUGUCAUUUAUGCCUCAGUUUCUCCAACUGCAAGACAAGUAUAAUACCUAUACUUCUGAAUCUUACAGAGAUAUUCUGAGCAUAGAGUAAGAUCAUUUAUGCAAAAAGUUCUCUUGUAGAGGUGAAAAUGUGCCAAAUUUUCAGAAUAAAGAUGCUUUUAUACUGAAAUAUAACAGAUAUGACUUUUUCUCAGAAGCUUUUUUUUUUAACAGAAUUCUAUAUAAAUACAAUGAACAUAUAUCAUUAGCAUCCAGAAAAAAUAAGCUCAAAUAAGAGAAAGGCAAGAACAAAAUUUUCCUUUUCAUAAAAUAUUCAAUGUCUCCCUCCAUGCUCCAAUUCGAAUCUCAUCUACCAAAAGGCUAAACAAAGGCUGCUCUCGCUUUAAAAAGAUGAUCUUUCUUUUCUUGUUAGAGGUGAUAGACUACAGGCACAGAAUGCUGCAUGUGUCAUUGGACAUAAUUGAUCAUAUAAGAUUACCAAUAUAAAGCUGGAAGGAAUCUUGGAGGUUAUCUGGUUCAGCCCACAAAUUUUACAAAUGAAGAAACAAGCCAAGAGAGGUUAAAGGAUUUGCCCAAGGUCACACAGUAUAUAGGGAGUGACAGAGCCAGAAUGGCCCCAAUGGCAAAUUUAGCAUUAUUUUCAUCAGACCAUGCACUGUUGUCCAUUUGUUUUGCUCAACCAUUUUUCUUUGUUGCAACAGAGGGUUGUUUGGGAAACAUAGAGUACAUAGUUAUUACGAAAUGACUGAUGUAAAAAUAAAACAAAAAAAAAUUUUAAGGUAUACAAAGAGAUGGGUCAGUGACGCAAAAAGAAAUCCUCAACCAGAAAUGUAUACGUACACAUUGAUGACAGACCUAUUUAAAGAAAAGAAAAGAAAAGAAAAGAAAGCAAAUAUAGGAGAACUUCAGGGAGACUUAGAAGCAAAAGCCAACCACAUGUUGAUUUUGUUGUGAGUUCCUUUGGUUUUACUUUGUUAAAUGCUAAAGAACUUGAGAAGGAUUCUAUCUCUUCAGUAUGUUUUAUCUUUGCUAGUUAUUAAGUUUGAAACUACAAAUUUCCAGAAAUAAAAUGAAAUGAUCUGUCAGCUAGUACUGUGUCAGUGGUAAGGAUCCUCUCCCCAAUCUGACUGGACAUGUAGGCAUUGUCUCCUUCGUUAUCUCCUCUUAACUUCUUCCUUGGGUUGGCUUUACUGUCCCACUCUUCUGCUUCAGUUUCCUGGCUCACUAUCCUAUUCCUUAAACACAGUGUUCUGCCCUGGGUCCUCUUCUCAUUUGCCCUUUUUAUCCUCUUUCUUUUUUGGAUUUUGUGAGCUCUUCCUAUGAUUCAGUUAUCACUGCUAAUGCAGAUGACUCCCAAAACUAUCACCUCCAUUCCUAAACUGUUCAGAAUUCCAGUUCUCUAGAAUUUUUCUUCCUCCUCUUGCUGCUGCUACUCUUCCUCAUCUUCCUCUCCAUCAUCCUCUAUUUUCUUUUUCUCUUCCUUCUCCUUCUCUUCCUCAACUUCUUCCUCAUCCUCCUCUUUGUCUUCCUCCUUUUCCAUUUACUAUUUGUAUUGAUAUCAACCAGGAUCACAACUUAGACCCUCUCUGGCUUCUCCUUCCUUACUUUCCACACUCAUUAAGUGCUAAGCUGUUAAUUUCUAGAUCCAGCUCUCUGAAAUAUCUUCCCUUCCUUUUCAUUACUGCCAUAAGCACCCUUAGGAUUCAGGACUUCAUUUCAUCUCUGACUUCUCUAACUAGUUGUCUUGCCUCUAGUCCAGCAUUGGGGAAUCUUUUCAAUAUCAUGUGCCCAAAGUUCACCUUCAAGCUUCCUGUGAUCUUUCCCCACCCAUUAUCCCAGAGAGCUGAGGGAGGAAGUGCACGCAUUGGGUGGUUGGACAGAGGGGCGCUGGCAGGUGAAAAUUGCCUUCAGGCUCUGUGGAGAGGAGAAGGGAGCAGUCCUCUCUGGCAUACUGGGGUAUGCAUGCUAUGCCUUCACCAACACUGUUCUAGUCAAUUCCUGAUCCAGUCUAUCCUUUACAUUAUUGAUACCCAGUAAAUCUUUCUGAUGUACUAUUCUAGUCCUAUCACUCAAAAAGCUCUAUUGAUUCCUAAUGCCUUCCAAAUAAAGUAUAAAUUCAGCCUGGCACUGAAAGCCCACCAUGAUCUGGCUUCAUCCAAUGUCUAUUACAGCCUUAUUUCAUAUGGUACCCUUGCCCCACACCCCCCCCAUAUUCCAACCAAAAUGUACCAUUUUUUCUCCUGUCAUAUUCCCCGUUCUUAUCCUACUAUUGUCUACCCUGAUCCAAUCCACUUUGUGCCUCUGCUUAAUCUUCUUGAUACUUGAAGUGGAUUUCUCUCACUCCUGUUAAGCCCUUCCCUUCCUUUAGGAUUCCAGUUAUCUUCCCCUAUUAGGUGAAGUCUUUCUGAUUACUUGGAGAACACAGUGUAUCAUUUUCACCUUUUUCUCUCAACCAACCCAUCCUAUCUUCUUUACACUUAGUAAGCACUUAAUCAAUAUUUGUUUAAUGGACAUACUGAUUGUCUAAAAGUGUCUUCCAUGGAAAGAAUAAAUUUUCAUGCAUGUUCUCAAACUCCUACCUCCUCCGAAAAAAAAACCAACCCACUACUAAAACCCCUUAAGGGCAGGAACAUUUUUGUCUUUUUAACCUCAUUACUUAGGGCAGCCCAUGGCACAUAGUAAGUGCUUUUAAAUAUCUGUUAAGUUGAAACAAAUUUUUCUUGAGCCCUCAGUUAUUUCAGAAGUGUAAACAGAAAAAUUGUACAUAGGAAAAAAAAGAAAAAAAUAUCCACUAGGUCAGGAAUAGGGCCCUAAUCACGAAGGGGCAUUUUAUAAAUUAGCUAACAUUUUUUAAAUGCUCUUAAGGCAUUUGCUGUACAAUAACUUUGUAAGGAAAAUAAUGUAAAUAUCAUUUUUCUUAUUUUGCAGAUGAAAUUAAAGCUCAAAAAACAUUGUAUAUAAUAUAGGUAUUAAAUUCAUACUUAAUAGCAUUUAUAUAGCACCUUAAUGUUUGCAAAGUGCUGUACAUAAUCUAAUUUGAUCCUCAACUUCUACUGUGUAUAUGUUCUAUAUUAGCCUAAUAAAUGUGUAAAUG